AUGGCACCGAGAAAACGAGCUGCCUCAGGCAUUGAGACCAAUGGCGAACCCGUUCCCAAGAGACGCUCAGCUCGUCAAGCAACAGCCUCUGUCUCCAAUUCGUCUUCUGGCCCAGUCUCUACUCAAAACAUCCAAGUGCCUCGGAAUGCUGGGACCAAGGCGAGCUCCAAGCAAUCCAAGACGGACACCGAGGCCGCGGCCAAAAAGCCCACCAAGCAGUCAACAGGCGGCGCAAAGGCCAGCAAGGCGGCCUCGCCAAUCGCAAGUAAGAAGGAUGCCGGCGCCAAGAGCAAUGAAAGAGCCGCAUCAGAAGACGUCGACGUAGAUUCUAUACCCACAACUAAUCCCGAGGCGCCCCGACAUGAAGGCGAGUGGUACUGGCUGAUGAAGGCGGAGCCGGAGACGCGCUAUGAGAACGGCAUCGACGUGAGGUUUUCCAUCGACGACUUGCGGGCCAAGACGAAACCCGAGGGCUGGGAUGGAAUCAGAGCAUAUGCCGCCCGCAACCACAUGCGGAACAUGAAUGCCGGCGACAAAGCCUUCUUCUACCACUCCAACUGCAAAGAACCCGGCAUAGCGGGCACAAUGGAGGUGGUCAAGGAAUUCUCCGAAGACGUGAGCGCCCGUCGGCCGGGCACACCCUACUACGACUCCCAAUCGACAAAGGACAAGCCGCGCUGGAGUCUUGUCCACGUCGAGUUUCGCAAAAAGUUCGCCGUGCCGAUUCCCCUCAAGGAACUACGCGAGAUGGGGAAGCCAGGCGGCCCGCUGGAGAACAUGCAGAUGCUGAAGCAGAGCCGGCUGAGUGUGAGCCGGGUCAGCAGCGAGGAGUGGGCGGCCUUGUGUAAGGUUGCGGACGAGAAGGCGAAGGAGGCGGGAUUGGAGCAUGAGACGGGCAAGUUGAAGAAGUGA